GGCUCCUGUUAGCCAAAUCACAAGCUAGCUCCCAUCAGUUAGCCCUGCCUGGUUUCCCUUGAGGAAGUGAGGCUAGCAUAAGUGUGAGCUGUACCAGCCUUAUAUUUCAACCAUUGAGGGAAUAAAUGCACAAUAUUACACAAUAUACUGUUAAUAAUUAUCAACCUUGAAUAAAAAAUGAUGAGAGGAUAGUUCCAGCUGUCACUUAAAUAAAGUGGAAUGCUAAUAUAUGAAUGAUCAGGUGUGAAUUGAGGCUAACAUGCUGAGUUGCUGCAGCUGAGUUCUACCUGCUGAUUCAGGUGACGGAUCAGGUGCCACCUUUGUUUGGAGAAGGACAUGGCUGCAACUUGCAAAGCAGACAACCUGUUGGGGAUUUCGUGGGUGGACAGCGGCUGGGUUCCCAUUCUUAACCCUGGAAAUGUCCUCGACUACUUCUCUGAGAGGAGCAACCCGUUCUACGACCGAACCUGUAACAACGAGGUGGUGAAGAUGCAGCGGCUGAGCCUGGAGCAUCUGAAUCAGAUGGUGGGAGUGGAGUACAUCCUUCUUCACGCUCAGGAGCCAAUUCUUUAUAUAAUCCGUAAACAACAGAGGCAGUCGCCAACACAAGAAAUUCCCUUAGCGGAUUACUACAUCAUAGCAGGAGUGGUGUACCAGGCCCCAGACCUGGGAACGGUGAUCAGCUCCAGAGCGUUGUCUGCUGUUCACGGCAUCCAGUCCGCCUUUGACGAGGCGAUGUCAUACUGCCGCUAUCAUCCGUCCAAAGGAUACUGGUGGCACUUCAAGGACCAGGAGGAGAGAGAAAAAACCAAACCAAAGUCUAAAAAGAAAGAAGAACCGAGCUCACUGUUUCAGAGGCACCGUGUGGACACACUCCUUCUGGACCUCAGGUCCAAGUUCCCACCAACAUUUUACCAGCCCAAGCCCGGAGAGAAGCCGAUUCCAGUCGAGGUGAAGAAAGAGCCUGAACCUCCGACAGAAACUGUGAAACAAGAGGAGAGAGAGCCGGCCACUAAGACCUCCGCCCCGGCUCCACCGAGCAAACCGCCUCCUGAGAAGAGAGCGAGGCUGCAGUGAGACUUCUCCCACUGAUACUGAACAUAUGAAGUCCUCCAGCUCAGGAAUCACUCCUGUUUGAAAACUCUCUGACCACACAGACUCUACAUCAUGUUAUCAUCACUCCUCUAACACACUGAGGGUUAACUGCUGGAUGUCUGCAGGCGUUCAGCUGGUUUGCUAAGGAUGGAGGUUUCUGAUGAUUCGCUGACCUCAGCAUCAGUGUCAGUUUCCUGUCCACAUCAGUGUAAUGUUCCUGUUGUUGUGACUUCAACGGACAAGUUAAUCUUUCUGCUUCACAGAGGAGACAAGUCGCGAUGCAUCACCUCAUCUGGAACACACAAACCUCCCUGACUAAAGCACCUCGUAUUAUUUACCUCUUUCACUUUAGGAAUUCUCUCAUUUUUGUGUUUUUGUAUUAAAAAAAUAAACUAGUCUCUCUUUCCUGA